AGACGCGUCUCCACUGGGCGUGCGGGAACGUCCCUUGGGGUAUCGAACCUGUGCCCCAAAGGAUGUUCAAGUUAGUUUCGUUUUAAGAAUGCGACAGCAAAGGAAGCUUCCUGUGCUCUAGUGUCAGCUGGCGGGAAAUAGGGUGACCACAGACGGCUGAGCCCCAGCGCCCGGUGCAUAAAGGCGGAAGAGUCCGGUGGCAGGAGCCGGGAUGGAUCUGCGCUGGUAGCUGGUGCACCCCGGGAAGAGCCGAGCAAGCAGAAGGCAGCGGUUGGAAGGCGCUGGAGGUGUGGCCAUGGGGACACAGAAGCCGCGGAUCCUGCCCUGGCUGAUUGAGCAGCUGGACAGCAGGCGCCUGGAGGGUGUGUCGUGGGUGGACCAGAGCCGGUCGCGCUUCCGUAUACCCUGGAAGCAUGGCCUGCGGCAGGACGCGCAGCCGCAGGACUUCAGCAUAUUCCAGGCCUGGGCAGAGGCCAGCGGGAGCUACGUCCCCGGGAGGGAUAGACCUGACCUGCCCACCUGGAAGAGGAAUUUUCGGUCGGCCUUGAACCGGAAGGAAGUGGUGCGUGUAGCAGAGGACAACAGCAAGGACCCUCACGACCCACACAAGGUCUACGAGUUUGUGGUCCCAGGAGCCAGGCACGCCUCAUUAGAAGUGGGUGAGGAUGGCAGCAUGUCUGACCCCCAGGAGGACAAUCUGGAGGACUUACUGGCUGACAUGGCCUUGGCCCCAGGUCCAGAGCAGGGGCCUCUGGGUGGGGCUGCGGUCCAGGAGUACUGCCCUGAAUUGCUGUUGAAUCCCAGCCUGAACCAGCCCAAUCCCUGCCCAAACCUGGAACCCCCUGAAAAUCCACUGAGGCGGCUGCUGGUGCCUGAGGAACAAUGGGAGUUCGAAGUGACUGCCUUUUACCGCGGCCGCCAGGUCUUCCAGCAGACCAUCUACUGCCCCUGGGGGCUGCGGCUGGUGGGCACAGCAGAGGCUGUGAACAUGGCACUGCCGGGGCAGCCCGUCGCCCUGCCUGACCCCUCGGAGGCCCUGUCGGACUACAGCGUGACCAGAUACGUGCGGCAGGUGCUGGGAAGCCUGGGCGGGGGACUGACUCUGUGGCGGCUGGGAUCUCAGCUCUGCGCCCAGCGCCUGGGCCACUGCCACACCUACUGGGCUGUGGGUGAGGAGUUAUUCCCCAACAGCGGGCAGGGGCCCAGUGGCGAGGUCCCCAAGGACAGAGAAGGAAGUGUGUUUGACCUGGAGUCGUUUGUGAAAGAUCUCAUCAAGUUCAUCAAUGGAAGCGGACAUUCACCUCGCUACACGCUCUGGUUCUGUAUGGGGGAGGCAUGGCCCCAGGACCAGCCGUGGGUCAAGAGACUGGUGAUGCUUAAGAUCCUGCCCACAUGCUUGAAGGCCCUGCUGGACAUGGCCAAGUCCCAGGGCGCAUCCUCCCUGGAGAACACCGUGGACCUGCACAUUUCCAACAGCCAGCCACUCUCCCUCACCAUGGACCAGUACAAGGCCUGCCUGCAGGACCUGGUUGAAAAAAUGGUUUCCUAAGUUCCAGCUUGUGAAUAAACUGUGGUUACCACUUA